AUGUGGAAUUCAGUUAUCAGAGCGCUUACACAGAAUGGAUUAUCCUCUGAAGCUCUGGAGCUUUACUCCCGCAUGCAAGAGCUUGAGGUCAGGCCUGAUUCUUAUACUUUCCCGUCGGUUAUCAAUGCUUCUGCAGCGUUAUUGGAUUCUGAAACGGAUACUUUUACUGUAUCAAGUGUUCUGCCUGCCUGUGGUGGCUUGCUUGACAUUGACGGUGAGGUGGUCCAUGGGUUGGUUGAGAAGAUGGGGAUGAACGCUGGCGUUAUAGUGAACAAUGGAUAUCUUUCUAUGGAUUCCAUUUCGUGGAACUCUAUGAUUAGUGCUUACAUUCAGAAUAUCAGUUAUGGUGAAGGGAUGAAAGUCUUCAAAAUGAUGAAGAAGGAACUUAAGCCUGCUUCUGUUACUUGUAUAAUGAUCUUGUCAAUGUUUGCUAAAGCAGCUGAUUUGGACCUUGGGAAGCAAGUCCACUGUGCUGUGGCUAAAUUAGGUUUUGACUCGGAUCUAGUUGUUGAGAAUGCAUUGCUUGAUAUCUAUGCGAAGUGUUGGAGAACGGAUGAUUCGCUCGCGCUUUUCAGGAGCACGAGAAAUCGGAAUGUGGUGUCAUGGAACACCAUCAUUGUAGCACGUGGGCAAGGAGAAGACUCUAUCUUAGCAUUCCGGAUGAUAAACCAGAUGAUAGAGAAGGAUUAUGACAUUGAGCCAAGAAUUGAACAUUAUGCUUGUGUCGUUGAUCUUCUGUCUCGAUCUGGGAAGUCAUCUAGAGCCGAACUCUUCAUCAGUUCUAUGCCAGUGAAGCCAGACGCAAGCAUAUGGGGAGCUUUACUCGGUGCCUGCAGAGCAUGUGGAGAAACAAAGAUUGCGGAACGUUUGUCACAGCAUAUUAUGGAAUUAGAAUUGGAUGAUCCUGGCUAUUAUGUUCUAGCAUCCAAUGUUGUUGCUGGUUUUGGUAAGCGGGGUCAGGUAAAAGUUAUACGAAAAUCCAAAGAAGCCCAAGGACUGAAAAAUGAGCUGGGCCAUAGUUGGAAUGAUACCAGAAACAAGGUUUUUGCAUUUGGAUCUGCUGAUAAGUACUCUGAACAUUACCAAGAGAUUAGCAACUUAUUAGAGGAACUUGGUAGUUUGAUGUCGAAAGAAAGGUAUGCUGCUAAUGUGCAAUAUGCUUGCAUGACAUUGAGGAGAAUGAAAAGAGAAGACUGGCUUUGUGGGCAUAGUGAGAGGUUUGCCAUAGCUUUUAGGCUAUUGAAGACGGAUCCAGGGAUCCACUUACAGGUGAUGAAGAACCUUCGUGUUUGUAGGGAUUGUCACACUUGA